UGGGGGAAUCACACCGGAAACCCCCCACCAGAAACGUCCACCAGGCCAAGAGAGCGCACGUGCUGAGCUGAGCGCGAAAACCAACUCUGUUUCGCGCUCAACAACAAACGUGUCAACAUGGCCAACUCUGCUGGGAUGACGGUGGAAAACGACGUGACAGGGUCCCUUCCAUGUAUUGCUGUAGAGACACAUGGAGGGCCUGACUUCUCUCUAACACAAGCUUUAGAAGACGUCUCACAACAAGGAUAUGCCCAGAUUGUGGCCCUUCGGGAGAAACAACAAGUGCUCAGCUCUCUCCAGGCCAUACUAUCAGACAUUGAGAAGAAAGGCAAAGAAGCUGAAGUGGAGUUAAAAUCCAACGUGAGGCAGAUUCUCAUCCUGGAGGGUGAGAUGGAACACCUGCAGCGACACAUGCAAGACCUGGGCUUGCGUUCCGUCACCGUCUACAACGAAAACACAGUGCUCCGACUUCUGAUCGAGGAAGAGGAGGACAACUUUAGCCGUGUGCUGGCCGGUUACAACACCUACCGGAACAAGAUGGAGGGCCACCGGACAGCCGUCUUGCAAGCGGAGAGCCAGACGAGGGCUCACAGGGAGCUAGUGGAGAAGAGGGCUCUGGUCAGAGUGCUCACAGAGAGGAGAGAGGAGCUGAGGGCCGACCUGGAGAACCCAGAGGGGAAUGCUGUGAAGCAGGCACAGAAAGAGUUGGAUGACAUGAGGGGGCAGAUCUCAGACCGGAGGAAGAUGGUGACUGAGAGAAGAGAGCUCAUCCUGAAGGAGUUUGAGAGUCACACACUGAUCAAGAAGCAUAUCGAGAUCCAGAACAGACGGUACGAUGCCAUCGUGAAGCGUCUCCACUGCCAACUGAUGAAGGCCCAGUCCGGCCACAGGCAGUUGUCUGAUGAUAUCUACCACAUGGAGAGAGAGAUCCAGGACCUCAAGAGACACCUCGAGGUGCCAUAAGUUAGCAUUCUGGUUCAUAAAACUGUAUGUUUUGUAGUAUGACCUA